AUCAGCGCAAAUCUGUGAGGGUCUAGUAACUGCCUGAGAAAAUAGCUUGUCUGACCCCGGUUAUAUUUUUCCUUCGGUAGGGAUUGUAGUUUCUGAAGGACGUUGUGAUCCAAAGGAAGGAGGCCGGAGGUCUCUACUUCCCAUAUAGCAGGUAACUAAGUUGUCUGUAGCAGACUGUCUACAGGCAUAUCGUGAGACGACCCAGGCGUCCCUGGAGUCAGAGAGGACCUUGCCUCCAAGUCCGGGGGCGGGGCCUGAGCCAGUCUCGCCAGCUGCCGGUCCUUCGGAGGCUCCGUAACUUUCUAUCCGUCCGCGUCAGCGCCUUGCCACCCUCAUCUCCAAUAUGCCUGGUCCGACCCCCAGUGGCACUAACGUGGGAUCCUCAGGGCGCUCUCCCAGCAAAGCAGUGGCCGCCCGGGCGGCGGGAUCCACUGUCCGGCAGAGACUUUAACAGAGAACCUGCUCAAGUCAUUUCUAUCCCAGGUACCCACCAUAAGGCAUGACACAAUAAAUAAUGACUGAAGGAAGGAAUCAAGCAACCAAGUUGUUUUGGGAUUUUUGAAGGAACUAGUGGGGUUUUAUCUAGGGAGGAAAAAGUCUUGAACACAUGCAUGGAAACUUCUGAAGGAUGUGAAGAGGGAUGUGACAUUUUCUGGCUGCAACAGGAAAAAUGCCAGCUGUGGGACAAGGAGUGCAGGCCGCACAACCUCGGCAGGCACCGGGGGGAUGUGGCGAUUCUACACAGAAGAUUCACCUGGGCUCAAAGUUGGCCCUGUUCCAGUAUUGGUUAUGAGUCUUCUGUUCAUCGCUUCUGUAUUUAUGUUGCACAUUUGGGGCAAGUACACUCGUUCGUAGAUUCAGUUACAUCCAUCUGUCAUCUGAAGAAGGAGGAAAAAACCCAACAUUUCUUGGACCAAAAGUAUAGUGACUAUCUGUUCAUGAGAGAAAUUUUCUGUAAGCUUGCUGUUUUACAGGGGAUUUAUCAAUAAUUGAUUUUGAGGAAUCAGUUUUUUUCUAUGGCUAAUAAACUUUUUAAUUCACUUA